AUGUGGGAUGCCUGUGGGUUUUUCCCUGAGGAGGGAAUUGAAGUAUUGAGAUUCAUGUCAUUGAUAAAAAUUGGAGAUUAUCAAGAGCUCUUAAUGCAUGACCAAUUGAGAGAUCUUGGUAGAGAAAUAGUUCACGAAGAAAAUCGGCGGGAGCCUCGUAACCGUAGCAGGUUAUGGGACUCCGAGGAAGUCAAGAAAGUGCUAAAGGAAAAUAAGGGAACGCGAAAUAUUGAGGCCAUUGAUCCGAGUGGAGGCAGCUCAAAAGGCUUCGGCGAAAUAGCUAAGCAAGAUGACAACAUUUACACAGGAGAACAAUUCAAGAAUUUGACAAGUCUAAGAUUCCUUCGCAUGGAGGAAGGGGCACAUCUCGAUGGAGAUUUUAAGGACUCGAUGGAGGAGUUAAAAUGGCUUCGAUGGCCAAUACGCCGCAUGAAUUUUAAAAUUGAAGAGACGGCAAAGAAACUCAAAUUUCUCGACCUUUCCUUUUGUAAAUCCUUGGAAAAUACGGAAUUCCUCUCGGCUUUUAAGAAUUUGGAGGUUUUGAUCCUCAAUUUUUGUGGUGAACUGCGGCAAAUCGACUCUUCGAUUGGAGACAUGAAGGACCUCGUUCGCUUGGAGUUGAGGAGCCAUCACCGCCUCACGAAGCUUCCGGAAGAAAUAGGUAAAUUAAAAAAACUGGAGCAACUCCGCGUAGAAUACACUUCGAACUUUUCGCAUUACACGGGGAGCAUAGGAUCUUUGCGCAAUCUAGAGAUUCUAAACAUUGCAUACAGUGGUAUAGAAGAAUUACUCGACGAGAUUGGGAGGCCGAGAAAUCUCCGAGAAUUGCAUGUUUGUGGAUGCGCAAAAUUGGGAGGGAAACUUCCGGAAAGCAUGGGGUCUUUGCGGAAUCUAGAAAUUCUAAAUAUUGCGGAAAGUGGUGUAGAAGGAUUACCCCAUGGUAUUGGGAGGUCGAGAAAUCUUCGAGAAUUACAUGCUUGUGGAUGCGCAAAAUUGGGAGGAAAACUUCCCGAAAGCAUGGGGUCUUUGGAGAAUCUAGAAAUUCUAGAUAUUUCUGGAACCGGUGUAGAAGAAUUACCGAACGGUAUCGGGAGACCGAGAAAGCUCCGAGAUUUAAAUGCUUCAUAUUGCGAAUAUCCGAAAGGGGAAGCGUCGGAAAGCAUGUGCAAUCUUUCAUCCCUACAACGCCUUGAUUUUCUUGGCUGCGAGAGCCUCCAAUCGCCGCCGGACCUUCCUUCCAACUUAACAUAUUUACGCGUCACCUGUCAAAGUCGCAAAUUGCCUUCACUCUCCCACCUAACCCGUCUCAAGGAGCUAGAAGUCAUUUGCGGUGAAUUUAUCGAGUGCAUCCAGGAGCUUCCAUCAACACUACUAAAGAAUUCAGAAUGCUCCCAACCGACAGGUGUUGAAGAAUCGGAAUUACCACAAUCCCAAAACACUCCCUUCAAGUUGGAAAUCUUGAAAUUCGGUGGAUGUGAAUCUAUUGAAAUACUGGACGUUUCAUAG